GUGUAUGUGUGUGUAUCUGUAUCUGUAUCUGUAACUAUAACUGCAACUAAGUGUGUGUGUGUGUGUUCAAGUCGGUGUGUGUUUUUAAACAAACUGCUUGCAGUUGUAAAAUGCAGUCAAAGUUAAACUAAGAAAUAUAUGUAUAUUUUUUGAAAUAUUAAGAAAAUAUUAAAUAUAAAAAUACAGCUUAAAAAAAUGGAAAUUCCAAAUGUGGAAUCAACGAGCAGCGCCUCCUCGCCAGCGAAUCCUGUCGAGGAAUGCGGCUGUGUGCGUCUGGGCAAAUGCAAAUGGUUCAAUGUCGCCAAGGGCUGGGGAUUUCUCACGCCCAACGAUGGCGGACAGGAGGUCUUUGUACAUCAGAGUGUCAUACAAAUGUCCGGCUUUCGUUCGCUGGGAGAGCAGGAGGAGGUGGAGUUUGAAUGCCAACGCACGGCGAGGGGAUUGGAGGCGACUCGAGUUUCCGGGCGACAAGGCGACGAUUGUCAUGGCAGCACCUACAGGCCACGCAUCAAUAGAAAAACUCGCCGCAUGCGAUGCUACAAUUGCGGCGAAUUCGCCAAUCACAUUGCCUCGGAAUGCGCCCAAGGACCUCAACCGAAGCGUUGUCAUCGCUGUCGCAGCGAGGACCAUUUACAUGCCGAUUGUCCUCAUCGCAACGCAGCUGUGACACAAACCCACGACGACAGCAGCAGAAGCAAAAGCAUCGAAAGCAUAGAGGAAGCAAUUGAAGCUUUAGGAGUCGCAACUCCCUAGCCCUAUACCUAGGGAAUACUUUAACUCCUAUUCCUACUCCUACUCCUUCGCAUCCUCAUGGGCACCACAAAGUUCAAAACUUGUACAAAACGCAUUGAAAUCAAAGAGAAAUUCACGUACAAAACACAAAAACUAACUUUAGAAACUUUAGUUAUUAGACAGUUGUAUUCUGGUUGCCAUCAGGCAGCAUCAAUAGAUGGGCAGAAAAGGCACCGCAACUGUAGUUUUCUAAGCUCUAGCUCUUAAGAUAUUUUUUGUACAAUGCAAAAAGAAUAAACGAAAGGCCAUUUAAUGUAUACAAUUAA